UUAAUGAUGAUGCCGAGAAUGAAACUAUCAUUAUCAGGUAUUCUUAUUUUACUUCUGUGUCUUUCGCAUGAAUGCACUGCUCGACAUCUUAGUAGCAUUGAUAGUUUGGCCAUGGAUGAUAAUGCAAAGCUUCUCAGCCAUCCCACCGUCAAGGGUUUUGCGAACGAUCUACUCACAGUUCCUGAUAAUUUGAACCUCAAAACGACGGAAAACAGAAAGGAUCAGAGCAGUAAGUUUGAUAAUGAUCAUCACAAGAAAACAGAUUCCAAAUCACAGCACAAGAAAGACGUGAACAACGACCAAAAGUUAAAGAAGGUUCAAGAAGAACUGGUUAUUCAUCAUCAUCAUCAACAUCAACCUAAGUCACGUACUACUGUCACUUUUAGAGUCCCUCCUAGAAACAAGCGGAUACAUCAGCAACCUGGUUUUAAUCUUGAUUAUUCUCCUCCGAAGACACACCCUCCCAGUCACAACUAAGAAAGGUUGUUGCAUGCUUUCGUGUUACUUUCCUUAUCUUAUAAACUACAAAAGGGAAAAGAGGAGUUUUCUUCUGUUUAAAUCUCAGAGGAUACAUAUAUAUGAUAUUAGUAGCGAAGUUAUCAAUCUGAAAAUAUGUUUUUAUUUAGGGUUUUAGGUUUUGAGUGAGCUUCUUCAUAUUAGCAAUCGUCGUGUUCCUUAUCAAUAUAUACUAGCUUUGCUGGAAAGUAU